UCAUCCAUUUGCACAAACACGGUGGGCGUGUCUGGCUAGUCUUGGGGGUAUUAAUGCAGAUGUUUCCUUCAGUUCAUCACACCAGCUUUCUCUCAGAGGCAAUAAACCACUCCUCUACAUCCAGUCUACGUUCAAAGCAAUAUGGCGACACUGUGGACACAAACAGCUGCUCUCCUGGUCCUACUGGUCAUGUCAUGUCCAAGCUCUCGAGCCACUUCCUUACAGAAGCUGUGUGGCCCUCAUCUAACUGAUGCUCUGUACCUUGUGUGUGGAGAAAGAGGCUUUCUCUUCAACCCUAGGAGUGAUGACAUCACUGCCAUGCGUAAUGCAGCAUUGGUGAGGGGUGAAAACGAGGGCGCAGUCCAGAUGGGAGCACUAGUGAAACGAGGCAUUCUGGAGCUCUGCUGUGACAGACCCUGCACCAUCUUUGACCUGCAGCAAUACUGCUUCUAAAACCCAGAGUGCCUACCUGCUCUAGCCUUUUUUCUGUUUGCUUUACAUAGCUUAGCUUCUUUGCUGGCUUCUUCUCUAUCAGGAUGUGUGUAGAAAGUAGUUGUUAGUAAGCCAUUUGAAAAUUGUGUUGUAACAAACAAUGGAAUUAUUUUUCCAAGAAAAUAAACAUUUAGUUCAUGAGUGGAAAUUGGA